AUGUGUCGUACCGGAUUCCCAGCCGACUUCUCUCGUUUGGCACUCCCGGCGCACGCACGUUCGUCCUCGGCGGUCGUACCCCCGCACUUAGUCCCGCCCUCAUUACCACCGUUGUCUCCGUCUCUGCGCGCCGCGCGUCCCGCAUUUUCGUGCACAUCCUACCUCCUCCUCUCCGUCUGGCUCUUCGCCGCCCUCGUGCCCUUCACCGACUUCGUCGCGAACCGCCAGGCCAACGUUUCCGCCACGCUCGACGGCAUCGCCCUGCCCCAGAGCGUCAUCCAGGCCGUGCAGGCGCAGAGCGGCGUCACCGGCACCUACCACGAGAUCUCCUACCUCCGCCUCGCGACGGUCUUCCCGCGGUGGAUCGCGUUCCUCUUCGGCGCGCUAUCCGCAGUCUUGUCGUACACCACGGCCACGGAGCGCAGUCCCGACUCUGCGCGUUACCCGCUCGUGGCCGGCGGCAGGGCGGGCUCUAUCCGGGACGUGGAUGACAAGCCGAAGGAGGCGGAGCAGGUGGGCAUCCGGCAGGUAUAA